AUGAACGUACAAGCCCUUUUUCGAAAAAAGGCGAACAACUGUAUGGAAUUUCGUACCAUCAUGGAAUUCGAAAGUAGGACUCGCGCCUACAAGGCAGUCGCCUAUACUGCUGUCACCCUCUCGGUUCUUGCGGUGCUCUCGGUCUGUAUAACAGUUCCGAUGAUCUACAGUUAUGUGAUGCAUGUCCGAGACCAAAUGCAUUCUGAAAUGGGCUUCUGCAGAAACCACGCGAAGGAAAUCUGGCAUGAGGUUGCACAACUAAAAAAUGCACCUUCCAAUCUUACUCGUGUAACGCGUCAAUCUUACAUUACUGGAGCAGGAGGUCAAGCAUGCGAGCCAUGCUGCCUUCCCGGACCUCCCGGUCCACCCGGAGCUGCUGGCAGACCUGGAAGGAACGGAAUACCUGGAGCACCUGGAUUGCCCGGUUUGAAUGGUAAAUCGGGAGGGGCAAUAUGCGAGCCUGUGACUCCACCACCGUGCAAGCCCUGCCCCACAGGACCUCCUGGAGCGCCCGGCGAAGACGGAGCACCAGGAGAUGCUGGAUCACCAGGACAAGCAGGACGUAAUGGAAACGAUGGCGUGCAAGGCGAGCCCGGACCAAAGGGACCACCUGGUGCACCGGGAGAACCCGGUCAGCAAGGACCACCUGGAGAACAGGGAACACCAGCCAUUCCUGGCAACAUGAUUCCUGGCGAGCCUGGAGCACCCGGCGAUCAAGGUCAUAUUGGUCCCAAAGGUCCAAAUGGUCCCGAUGGCCCACCAGGCCCUGACGGUAAGCCCGGGCCUCAAGGUCCUCCAGGUACACCCGGAACCAGUGGAGAAAAAGGAAUAUGUCCCAAAUAUUGCGCCAUCGACGGCGGCAUCUUUUUCGAAGACGGAACAAGACGUUAA